CCCAACAAGAGGAGGGCCUCCCUGUGGGCCUCUCUGCUAUUUCAGUCCCCUGGAAAAACCUGGGCCCCAGCAAAGGUAACAGGAAGUCCCCAGGAGGCCUGGUAGAAGCCUCUGCUUCCUGGGAGGAGGCCGCGGGUGAGGAACACCCAGCAGCUGCUCCAUUGGAUGUAUCACGCCUGCGCAGCUCCUCCAUGGAGAUCCGAGAGAAGGGCUCUGAGUUCCUAAAGGAGGAGCUAUACAAAGCCCAGAAGGAGCUGAAGCUUAAGGAUGAAGAGUGUGAACGGCUUUGCAAAGUGCGGGCACAGCUGGAGCAGGAGCUGGAGGAGCUGACGGCCAGCCUGUUUGAGGAAGCUCACAAGAUGGUUCGGGAAGCCAACAUGAAGCAGGCAGCAUCGGAAAAGCAGUUGAAGGAGGCUUGGGGCAAGAUCGACAUGCUACAGGCAGAGGUGACAGCCUUGAAGACACUGGUCAUCACAUCCACACCAGCCUCUCCCAACCGUGAGCUCCACCCACAGCUGCUGAGUCCCACCAAGGCCGGACCCCGAAAGGGCCACUCACGCCAAAAGAGCACCAGCUCCCUCUGUCCUGUUGUGUGCCCCACUGCAGGGCAUAUCCCCACCCCAGACAAAGAAGGCAAGGAGCCUGGGCUGCCCCCUCUACUCUCCCUGCUCCUGUGCGUGAUCCCCAGCAAGGCCGUCCACCUCACCUACGAGCCGACCUGGCAGCUCCCAUCUGGGGAGCCGCCCACGACCCCCAACUCCGAUACCUCUCUCUCCUUUUCCCGACAGGUGGAUACAACCCUGUUUGCAGAGUUCCAGGCUUGGAGGGCAUCACCUACCCUGGAUAAGAACUGCCCCUUCCUAGAAAGGGUGUACCGGGAGGACGUGGGCCCUUGCCUCGACUUCACAGUGCAGGAGCUCUCAGCUCUAGUUCGGACGGCUGUGGAGGACAACACACUCACCAUUGAGCCCGUGGCUUCACAGACUCUGCCCAAUGUUGAGUGUAACAACACCAACACAUGUGCCCUGAGUGGACUGGCGCGUACCUGCCACCAUCGAAUCCGCCUGGGGGACUCUGACGGCCACUAUUACAUCUCACCGUCCUCCCGGGCCAGGGAUGACAACAGACAGUUGGACAAAGUAGAAUGUACGGAGAGGCAGCGGAACAUCCCUCAGUUGAUGAUGGAUUUGCAUCUGGUGCAACACUUUGGGAAAAUCAGUCUAGCAGAUCCUCAGAAGAAUUGGGACACAGUGAAACUGCAGACAGGAUCUACCACUCUGUGCGGCAUUGACUCGAAGCCAAAGCAUAAGCAACAGCUGUACAAAGAUCUGGCAUAG